UUUCCUCUUUCUUUUCUCAUUUUCUUCCCACAGUGUGACCCCCCCUCUUUUCUUUUCUCCCCUCUGCCUCUGUUUUCCAUCUCCAUCCUCCAUCUCCUCCCAUAUUCACCCCAUAAUUCCUGUCUUAUCCGCUUUCUCACACAACAUUUUCCAAGACCACCCUCUCUCUCUCUCUCUCUCUCUCUCUCUCCUCAUUCCUCCUCUCCUUCUACUCCUCUCUCCUCUCCUUUUUUUUCCUCCUUCUUUGCUCACUCCCUCUAUUUCCCUGUGGCCCUCCCCCUCCCUUUUCAUGUGUCCCCCCUCCCUCCAUCCUCUCUUCCCCUCGCCGCUUCAGUCAGUCAAAGAAGAGAUUCACGGAAGGAGAGAAAAGGGGGGAAAGGCAGGACGAGAGUGAGAGUGGAGCGCAGGAGCGGGGCAGGCUGGGGAGCUGGGGUGCUUGUGGGGUCUCAGCCCUCUGUCGUGGGGGGGUUGGGAGGGUCGAGAUACACCCCAGCAUUUUGUCUUAAAGUACCAUGGACUGCCUCUGCAUUGUGACUACAAAGAAGUACAGGUACCAGGAUGAGGAGACGCCCCCCCUGGAGCACAGCCCAGCACAUCUGGCUCCAGGGAAAAGUGCCGAGAUGCUUCAUAUGAGCGACAAGAACCUCGCCGCCAUGGAGGCCAUUCACGGCUACACACCGCACACACACAUCUCUCCUGUCAAGCCUGUGUUGAUGUCGACAGGACACACUCCAAUGUACACCUCUGCUGUUUCCACUCUGGUAAGAACGAUAAAAAGUCGUGCGUGUCGCUCCGUCACCUCACCGUGUCGCUCCAUCGUUCAUCGUCCCAUUUGAGUUUGGUUUUUUUUUUACGCCUCAUCCUCUGUGUAGCUGUGUCCGUCCGUCCGUCCGUCCUUCUGUCUGUUGACUUUUCUACAUCACUGACCGUUGACACCGUCCUGUUUCACCUCCAGCUUUGUUUUAGCCCUAAAUCACCAAACUGCUGCUGAAUGUUUCCUGUUGUUGGUGGAGGUUGACACUGGCGUUUGUUGUUAUGCUAACGACCCAAAACAGAAACACAUUUUCUCCAGAAUAUUCUCCACAUUAGAAUUUCCCACAAUGCUUUGUGGUUUGUUGGACGUGUUGCACUGUGAUUGACGACAGUAGUUCUGUGUCCAGUUCAGGUCGAUCUCUAAAACUAAAAUAUUACCUAUAUUUGUAGUUUGUAUAAAUUAAAAUAUGACUAAA